AUGCGCCGCCUCCCGUCUGCGUCAAUCGCUGCACCAGCCAUCGCGGCAGCGCUCACCAAUCUGCUGCUCGCCGUGAGUACUGCCGACCAGUCUGCCAGUUCGGCAGCCGUUCUCGACUGGCUCUGCCCAUCCGCCGCCUUGCUGGCCGCCUCACAGGCAACCAAGAGCAACGGGCGGACGACCGCGGCAUCGCGCAGCGCCGUUCGCGACGCAGAGAGCUUGGCGCUUUCGGUUCCUGUGUCAAUCACAGCCAAUGGGCUUGCGCUUGGCGCCACAAGCCUCGCGUCCGCAGCCGGCGCCUCGAGCAACAUCCACCUGCUGUGCUGGGGUCUCACCUGGUGCGGCGUGACCCCCGCCAUGCUCCUCGGGCGAGCCGCCUUUGCAUCCGACUCAUACCGCUACCUCGACCCGGCUGCCGACCAUCGGCUCUGGUCGGCACCGGGCAGGAUGCUGCACCAAGCGCCGUCCUCGUGUAGCCGCGGACGCGUUGAGGCGAUCGCCAACGAGUACCUGAAGGUCAUGGCCGCGGCCUCGAUCUCAGCCCUCGGCGAACGGUGUGUGGGCGUCAAAGACGCGCACCCGCCUCGAGUGCUCCUUCUCGGCCUUGGCGGCGGCACGCUCUUGGCUCUGCUCGCGUCUCUGUAUCGCGGCGCCGAGUUCAGAGCAGUCGAGCUCGACGCGGCCGUGCUCGAGGCGGCCAAGCGGUACCUUGGACUUUCCGAGGCCGUCGUAUCCCCCGCCUCGCUGACCUGUGGCGACGCGGUGGAGUUUGUCCGGCAUCGGGCGGAGCCGUAUGACGUGAUCCUCGUGGACGCGUUUGGGAGCGACAACGCGACGCCGCCAGCCUUCUACGGCGAUGCCUUCCUGCGCGACUGCCGCGCGCUGCUCGCCCCGGGCGGCACACUGGUACACAACUUCCACACUGGGAGCGCUGCCCUGGACACCGCCUUUGCCGCGGCGACAGCCAGCUACAAGCGCGCCUUUGCGGGGCGCGCUGCCGCAGUCCCGGUGUCAGGCCAGGGCAACACGAUUCUGGUCGCGAGCGCGGCUCCGAGCGACACGCCGCUCGCCGCCGACGCGCAGGCGUCGGCCGCAGCAGAGGCGGAGGGUCACUGGGGUGGUGCGACCGACACUAUUGCAACCGACACGACCCGCUUCUGCGCCUCCUGGUCCUGCCUGCCGAACGCCGCGCGCCGCCAGACGCAGUCGACCUCUUCGCGCAAGCUGCUUCGCUUCAACCCGGCCAGGCGGCCGGACGUGCGCGCCUGCCUCCGCCACGCGUGGAUGGCCGACUUCACCACCGGCGACGAGCAGACCUGCCCCGCGGCGCUCCAGGUGCCUAUCGACGACGACACAAAGUUCUCCGUGUCCGAUUACCGCGACCGCCUCUACAAGGACGUCGUCGCGCGGCGCAAGGACCGCGCCGCCCGGAUGGCCGCCUACUUCCCCAAGGCGAGGGACAGCGCGAGCGCCUCGCGCGCGUCCACGGCGGAGCCGGGCCCGAAAAGCGCGCGCUGA